AUGCUCCAUAAACUGUUCGUAUUUGCUAAACCAUAUUGUUCUGUUUACAGCUCAGUCAAAUUUCACAAGCCUUUAUUUGCGCUCGACACCCAACGGAACAAUUUUUUCAAUUCAAAAUACUCUUCAAAUUCUUGCAUAGAAAUGGCCACAAAAACUGCUUUAUUCAUUGUAGCAGAAGGCAGCGAAGAGCUUGAAUUAGUGGCACCUGUGGACAUCCUACGCCGUGCUAAUGUGACUGUUACAAUUGCUGAUUUAGCUGAUUCUGAAUAUGUUAAGACUAAAUCAAAUCUACUGAUUAAAACUGAUGCGAAGUUGAAGGAUGUAAAAAAUAACAUAUUUGAUGCUGUCGUUAUACCUGGUGGUCCAUCGCACAAGGUUUUAUCUUCAGCUGAUGUAGUUGGACAAAUUUUGCUUGAACAUGAAAAAUGUGGUAAAGUCAUAGCUGCUAUUUGUGCCGCCCCAUUUGUGUUAUUCAAACAUGGAAUUGCUAAAGGAAAAUCAUUGACGUCUUAUCCAACUGUGAAGAGUGACAUUGAGUGUUUUUACCAGUACAAAGAAGAUAGUACAGUAGUUGAUGGAAAUCUGGUGACCAGUCGUGGACCUGCUACAGCUGUUGAAUUUGGAUUAACUCUAGUUGAAGUAUUGCUUGGUAAUGAAGAAAAAGUUAAAGUUGCUAAAGGCAUUCUCUACCCUCUUUAA